UCAUCCUUCUCCCUUUCUCAUUAAUUUUUUUCUAGAGCUCAAAAAAGCGAAUAAAACCUUAGAAAUUCUCCUCUGUUUAGUUUUUCACUCAACAAAAUCCUUCGUUACAGGAAAUCCCUAAUUCUGAACACAAAACCCUAACCCUAAAACUCCCAAUUGUUUUCAAUCAGAAUCCAGAUUUAUCAAUACAUUAAGAAAAUGGCAUCAAAAACCAGCACUAAAGACAUUAUCACUCUGAGAGGUUCAGCGGCAAUCGUUAGUGAGUUCUUUGGUUAUGCUGCUAAUAGUAUUUUGUAUAAUCGAGGGAUUUAUCCAGAAGAAAGUUUUACUAAAGUGAAGAAAUAUGGGCUUCCUAUGUUAUUAACACAAGAUGAGAAUGUUAAAUCGUUUCUCACAAACUUAACUGCCCAAUUAUCAGAAUGGUUGGAAUCAGGACAUUUGCAAAGGGUCGUUUUGGUGAUAAUGAGCAAACAAACUAAUGAAGUUUUAGAGAGGUGGAAUUUCAGUAUAGAGACCGACAAAGAAGUUGUCGAAAAAGGGGUUUCCAAGGAAAAGAGUGAUAAGGAGAUAAUGAGAGAGAUUCAAGCUAUUAUGAGACAAAUUGCAUCUAGUAUAACUUACUUGCCUUGCCUCGAUGAACAAUGUAUUUUUGAUGUGUUAGCUUAUACGGAUGCUGAAGUAGCAGUUCCAUUUACUUGGAUUGAAAGUGAUCCUAAACUUAUUGCAAACCCACAGAUGGUGAAAUUGCAUUCAUUUGAUACCAAGAUUCACAAGGUGGAUACUCUGGUUUCAUACAAAAACGACGAGGAAGACUAGUACUUCGGAAUUAUUCCUAUGCUCAAGUGAAAUUUGUCAACCCUUCUGUUUCUGCAUUUGAGUGAAUUCUGUGAAUCGUUUAUUCACAUAUAUUUUGUAAGUUUUUGAGUGUGGAUAGAAUGAUGAACAAGAAAAGAGUGUAGUUUUUCUUCAAAUGCUUCCUCAGAUAUUUCAGUAAUUUUCAGUGA